AUGAUUGGAAACACGUCGCCGUCUUUCUCACCACAGGCAUCGGACACCCGUGGAGUCAGCGAUACGGCGUUCGAUUCGAGCUUGAAAACGACGAAAGAAAGUACCAGGAAGGCUGGAGGCCGACGUUUGCAGACUACGGUGCGGGGCAAGCCCCGAAAAAAGCGGAGAAGGACAUCCAGGAGUGAUUCGCCAUCUCCGUCGGACAUAGGACCUAUCCCUUUACGGCUGUCUUCUGCGAUCAGGAACAAUCGGCAGCCCGAAAACAAGCCGAUACGGGCACUACCGCUUCACAUGGGCUUGUCUCCCUCAGAAACCAAGCAUAUGCGUGCAGCUCUAAAUUUAGCGAGCCAUGACGCUCGUCUUUUGAGGACGAACCUGAAAUACGCGUUGGGGAAUGCGGAAGGACUUCUGCCCGAGAAAGCGGCACGUGCUGCUGUUGAUUCACUUGUUGCUCGUGGUGACACCCACGGCGACCUAGACACAGAGACGGCACUAAGGCUAAGCAGAGCAGUUGCUCCAUCUCCAGACUCUGCCGAAGGCCGCGCAAAGUCGACAGGAACCAGACAAGAGAUGAAUCCUGAGAGCGAAUGUACGGCCGUCGGUGCUAGAUGUUCGUCUCCUGACAACAAUCGUUUCGGCGCCUCUCCAUCAAGUGGGGGGGAGGCGUCUCCCCAAGGUGGCGUCGGCCUUGAUGUUGACGAAACCAACCACGUUCGUCCGGACGAUGACGAAAAUAUCUACCUCAAACAACCUACGCGCAAACAUCCCAACAGCGUCGAUGGAGAAAAACGGGUUGUGGAUCGGCAGCGUCUGAUUGUCGUUCUGGCGGCGGAAGAACGGAUCAAUGCCAUGGCCAGUCACCUCGGACCACUCCAAGCAACGACCAACUUAUUCUCGUUGCUUGUGCCGGCGAAGGAGCAAUUGGACGGUCCACUUGCUCCGGGUCUCUCGGGAGAACCUGAGAACCGUUCCUGGACAGCCGCAACAAAGCAACGAGAGGCACAUUCCACGGCAGGAAUUCCAAACCCGAGCCACGAUUUUUCUGUUCCUAGUGAGGACGGACGAUCCUGGCUGGGAACCCAGGGGCGCGCAUACAGCGCCGAAGACGCCCUGUUGCACCCCAAAGAGGACGACAAUUGGCGAAAUUCAGUUGCUGCCGCUUCAUUCAGGAAACGAGCAGGAAGGGGAGGAAGAGGAGGAGGAGACACGUCUGAUGCCGAGGGCGACAACCACUGCCGAAAGAAGCGGAGUAAACGGAGUGAGAAGAGAGACACAGGCGCGGAAAAGGAACAGCAAGGGGUGACAUACAGGGCCGGCGACAAUCAACGAUCCCGAUUGAAGAAAUCCAGUUCUUUUGCAGCGGGUCAGCGGCACCAAGCAGAGACAUUUGAGGCCAGCGCUGUGGACAACCCAUCGCGAUGUUCCCUCCCUAAGCUUAAGGCUUCAAGCGUAAGCCGUGUCUCCUCGCGGGAUGAGUACGACCGGUUCGGUGGCCGAGAGACACCGUCCGUGCUUCGACGAAGUGCGCUGUCGGGAGGUGGUGAGAUGUCCUGGAAGGCGGUGGAGCAACUUCGUCAUCAGCUGGAAGUCACCGAGGUGGGAACGGCGAUCGCUAGGCAAGGCCAUGAGGACGUGGACACGCUACCGCGAAUACAUGGCGAACAGGCUCGGCGUCUCCUGAACAUGUGGGGGCAUAGGUUGACGUCAAAGGUUAGGAGGCGAGGGGAGAUACGCCGAUCCAAUAGGAUUGCGGCCCUGGAGACGCGCCGGCGCGGAGCGAUCAAGAUCCAAAAAUGCGCGAGGGGCUUCAUCGGCCGUCGGAAGGUGUUGGUUGUCCGGGAAAAGCUUCUACAUCAACACGGGUCCGUUAUCAUUCAGACCACGUGGAGGGGCCUGUUGGGCAGGCGAAAGGCUGGAGAAGCCAGGAGGGACAUGGAGCUUACGCGGGUGCGAAUGCGCUGCGCUCAGAGGAGCAACGUGAUUAGAUUGGUCUCCGCCCAAACUAUUUUCAGGCACGCGAACGGAACAGAUGAUGUCUUCGCUGCAAGGAAUAAGGCGGCGAUUCGCAUCCAGACCGCGCAGCGCCGGCAGGCUGCGAUGGCCGCAGCAGAGACGAGGAGGACAAUCCAAGCGCUACAGCGCCGUAAGUCGGCCGAGAUCGCCGCCAUCUUUAUCCAGAGAGUAGUGAGGGGGCAGGCAGCGCGAGCGGCGACAGGGGCUGAGGUCGCAAAAAGAAAGGAGAGGCAGCGAGCCGCAGCAGCGGUACAUAUCCAGCGAAUCGCGAGAGGCCGCGCAGCGCGGGAGCGUACCGCUUGCGUCGGCAUCUUCCACGACAUAAUCAUUCCUCCACCUCCCUUGGCCUCACUGCAAAGCCGUUCGAAUCAGGGCGACGAGGACCAAGAUGGCUUCGCUUCUUCAGUGGUUGCUGGCCCUGAAGCUGUUGCCGACAACGGUGGCGUGGGGGCGCCUAUUUCAGCGUCGACGUUGUUGCAAGAGCCGAUCCAGACCUCGGCUCUGCCGCAGGAAGACAAGAGUAAUGCUCAGGAUGCAACGGCCGUGCCACAACACGAGACAGAGAGUUCACCGUCGGCAACUGCUCAUCUGCAGCAACCCCCUGAUGUCGCGGCCCUGUCCCAUGGCGAAAAGGCAGCCCGGGCGCAAGCUGCGUGCAGGAUUCAGGUGAUCAUCGCCACCCGAACCAUGCACCAAAAACGUCUGACAGCAAAAGAGCAGAAGGAGCGGGCUGUUAUUGGCUCAUGGCGUGGGUCCAUUAUCCGAACCGACGGCGGCAGGGCAAUUGGCCGAGGGAGAGCCGCGAGGACUGUGGCCCAGGAGCGCAGGCAGAAACGAAUCGAAGAGCAAUUCCACCGGGCAAGCGUUUGGGGGCAACGAGUAGACGGAGGGCAAGAUACAACGUCAAACCAUCGAGCAUCCGAGAAACGCCCCACCCCCAAGUCGUCACCGCAAGCUCCACGGCGGUCGUCAUCGCUCUUCCCAUCGGGGACUGGGGCAGCUAGUCGCGAUACGACGGAAUCAUUGGGGAAACAAAAGGGUCGGCCCCAAGCUGCGACUCGGAUUCAGGCAGCGUUCAGGGGGGGAAAGGCGAGGUGGGAAGCGGAUCGGCUUCGGCACGACGUCAAGACCAGAAAGAUCGAGUCCGACGCGCGAGCGCGAGAGAAGGUGCAGCGAAAGUCUUGGCGUAUGUUGGAGGCAGAUGCGGCCGUGAGGAUUCAGACCCAAGCACGAGCUAGGGCAGCCAGAGCGCGGCGCGAGGAGCAUCGCCAGAGGCACGCCGCUCGCGUGGGAUCCAUCCGCAGCAGCGGGAAAGCGGCUGCCGACGACCUUCGCGCCUUGUCUCGUCCCGGAACCGCUUCUGCUGCAGUAGCGGCUACCACCAUUGGCCAAUCGCCCACCGUCGUAGGAGCAGGUGACCAUGGGUUGUUGACUAGAGCUGUCGCAUAA